AUGGCUUCCCGACUCGCGAACCCGCGGCGCUUCGUCGCUUGCUCCCUCUGCCAAUGGCAGCAGCGCCUCUUCACGACCUCCGCCCGCCGCCUCGCCGAGAAGCCUGCGCCGUUACCUCCAACGCCCUCAUCGCCGUCUGCGCCGGUGGGCACCGUCCCCCUGCAAAAGCCCAAGCCAGAGCUUCCCGGUGCCGCCAUCAAAGCCCCUCGUUCCUAUGGCGCCCGUCUCGACAAGUUCACACCCGAGCCUCUGCCUCGUCCCAUCGGCAUGCCAGGCCCUCCUCACCCCAACGACAACUCUGGCUACGACCCGCGCACCAUCAAGGAACGCCGCGAUGACUUUGUCAACUACGACAAGCACCUCGCCCGUCGCCGGCAGCUAAAAGCGCAGAUGGCCCGCCCCUACUUUCGCGACUGGAGCAACCUCAAGUUCGACAACGGCAAGUCCUUCCUCGCGCCGCCGCGCCCCUUCAAAGCCGAAGUCUCCCUCUUCUUCCCCAACUUUGUCGGCGACACCCUCAACCCCGAGCACGGCCGCUUCCGCGCCACGACCAACGUCCUGCACGGCAAGACGUCCAUCGUCGCCCUGUUCCAGGGCCGCUGGGCCGAGGACCAGACCGACUCGUUCCUCGCCCCCGCCGCCAACCCCGCCCUCCACGCCCUGCUCGCCGACGCCGGCGGCGACCGCCUGCAGCUCGUGCGCCUCAACAUGGAGGACAACACGCUCAAGGCCUGGCUCGUCAGCCUCUUCAUGGGCGGCCUGCGCCGCCGCCUCGCCGCCUCCGAAUGGGGCCGCUACUUUCUCGUGCGCCGCGCCGUCACCCCCGAGAUCAGCGAGUCCAUCGGCCUGCUCAACAGCAAGGUCGGCUACGUCUACCUCGUCGACCACCUGUGCCGCGUCCGCUGGGCCGCCAGCGCCGCCGCCACGCCCGACGAGCUGGCGAGCCUCGUCAAGAGCGCGAGGACCGUCCUCAACGAGAUGGAGCGGGACCGCCAGGACCUGCGCGCCCUCAAGGCGGCGGGGCAGAUCUAA